AUGCCACCAUCAACACCCGCCCGCGCCCUGCGCGCCGCAUCCUCCCACCUCUCCGCGCGCACUGCCGGCGCAUCUUCAUGCCGCCCUCUCCACCACCGCUUCUCCCCGCGCUACACUUCGCCCUUGCUCCUCCGUAACCUCAACACGACCGCCCACUCCCAGCGCUCGCACCCACCCCGCUCGCACGACCGCGGCCCGCCGUCGGCCGAAGAGACGCAGACCGACUUCCACAAGCUCGACGUGCUGGCCAACAUGCCGGCGCCGACGACGGCCAUCGACGCCACCUUCGACGACGGCUUCUCGCUCAACAGCGGCCUGCACGUGUCCAACGCCGGCGUGCUGCUGGUCGCGGGCGACGCCUUCAAGUGGCGGCCGUGGAUACGCGACGAGGAGGGGGCCGCCGCUGCUGCGGGGGAUGGCGUUGAGGGUGGGAAGAAGGUGGCUGGAGGUAGUAAGGGCAAGUUGAGAGAUCAGAGGGGCAUGUGGGAGUGUGAUCAGAGCGCGUGGGGCGUACUGGAGGUGGUGUGGCCGAAGCCCGAUUUGCUCAUCAUUGGCACGGGUGCGACGGUCGUGCCCAUUUCGCCGACUACAAGGAAACAUAUCAAUGAUCUGGGUAUCCGGUUGGAGGUUUCGGACACCAGGAAUGCGGCUGCUCAGUUCAACCUUUUGGCGACCGAACGGGGCGUCCAGCAGGUCGCGGCAGCACUUAUACCUAUUGGCUGGAAGGAGGGAAGGUAA